AUGGAAAAAACACCUUGCGGGGAAAGCUUAUGGAGGAUUGUAUGGUCAUCCCGGCCGAGUACCGGAGGUGCUAAAACAAUCAGAGUUAACAAGACCUUCACGGGACCACUGGACUUGCCAACACAGAUAAUUCAAACCCGAGACGAUUUCAAGGGCCACUCUGCAAAGGUCGAAGGCUUCCUUGAAGGUACGCGCUUCGGAUGCAACUGUGGGUACAAUGAAAAUGGAGAUAAGAUCAGUUACGCUGGAUAUGUUGUGCAUUUUCGUGUGAAGGAAGGAACUGAUUUGAUUCUAAAAUAA